GAUUGACACACAAUGAGGAGCAGAGGCUGGGGAGACGCUCCACAAACGCCGCUGUAAAUAAAUACAACAAUCACUGAGGCCAGAGAAACAUGGAGAACCAGUGCACGGUGCAGGUGAAGCUGGAGUUGGGCCAUAGAGCCCAGCUAAGGAAGAAGGUGACAUCAGAAGGCUUCACCCACGACUGGAUGGUGUUUGUACGAGGGCCAGAGACCGGUGACAUCCAGCACUUUGUAGAGAAGGUUGUCUUCCGCCUACAUGAGAGCUUCCCCAAACCCAAGAGAGUAUGCAAGGAGCCUCCAUACAAAGUGGAGGAGUCGGGCUACGCAGGCUUCCUCAUGCCUAUUGAGGUUUACUUCAAGAACAAGGAGGAGCCAAAAAAGGUGUGUUUCAACUACGAUCUAUUCCUCAACUUGGAGGGCAACCCACCAGUCAACCACCUGCGCUGUGAGAAGCUUACCUUCAACAACCCCACCAAAGAAUUCAGGAGAAAGCUGAUAAAAGCUGGAGGGGUAUUGGUGGUUCCAGAGGGGGCUGAAGCCGUGUCGAGGCCCAGUCCAGACUACCCGAUGCUCCCCACCAUCCCCCUCUCUGCUUUCUCAGACCCCAAGAAGACCAAGACAUCUCAUGUGUCAAAGGAACCCAGCAAAGAGGGAAGUGGUGGCAGCAGCAAAGGACCCAAACCGCACAAACUGACCAAGGAGCACCGUGAACGGCCCCGAAAAGACUCUGAGAGCAAAGCCACAUCGAAAGGAGACAACGACAGAGACGGAAGCAGCAAGAGUGGCCGUGAUCCUUCCUCUUCCUCGUCCUCAUCUUCAAAAAAGCCGUCGGAGAUCAAAGUGAAAGAUGAAGUCAAGGUCUUACCCAAGGCUGCCUUCAAGGAGCCUAAACUCACCCUGAAGGAGUCAAAGAUGGAGGGCAUGUCCCCGAAAGGAGGGGGGGCUGGGAGCGGAGGGGGCGGCGGGGGAGGAGGCGGGGGAGGGCCCGCCGAGACUAAAGCCCCAGGGAAACGACCCUCCACUGUCGAGUCUCCCAAACCCAGUGCUAAGAAGCAGAAGAAGGGCAGCUCAGAGGGGCCGAAGGGGCCGUCCAGCGGGGCCUUCACGGGAGCCUCACCUCGUGUCUCCUCCUCAUCUGCUGCUAGUCAGCCCUACUCAGAGAAGAAACCUCCGAAGGAAAAAGGUCGCUGGGCCAAAGGCAAAAAUGACACGCAGGAGCCAAAGGAGCCCAAGAAACUUCCAGAGUCCGAAGAGUCGAAUUCAGAAGAUGAAGCAUCGUCGAAGUCAGAGCAGUCAGCCGUUUCCAGUCCUUCCAACUCCAGUUCAAGCUCUGACUCCAGUUCAGAUUCGGACUUUGAGCCAGGACAGAAACAAGGGCAAGGCCCCCUUCGAUCCAUGGUGGAGGAGAUCCAAUCGGAGGAGUCGGAUGAUGACGACAGCAGCUCAGAGGAGGAGACGCCUAUCAAGACCAACCCCCCCAACCGUGACUCUCGACUCAGCCUGGACAGCGAGAGUGACAGCAGUGACGGCUCGCACAGCCCCAGUCGAGACCCCGCUCCGCCCCCGCAGAAACACAGCUCCUCCAAUAACAAAGUUUCAGGCAGAAAGAGUCCAGAUUCCUCAUUUCGCUCAGAGAAGGUGUUGAAGAAGGGAUACGACAAGGUAGGAAGGGCCUACACAGAAGAACUGGUGGACCUCCAUCGCAGACUGAUGGCUUUAAGGGAGCGUAACGUCCUACAGCAGAUUGUGAACCUGAUUGAGGAGACGGGCCACUUCAACGUGACCAACACCACCUUUGACUUUGACCUCUUUUCACUGGACGAAUCUACCGUCCGCAAACUACAGAGCUACCUGGAGGCGACGGCCACGUGACAGGAAGUGGAAACCGGCGUGGGGAAACCGGCCUGUGGAUGGCGGCGGCGGCAGAGGUGGAGGUAGACUCGCCACCACCGUCUCCUCUUUUUCAGGAGGGGAUGAGCAGCCACAUCAUGUUGCAGCUGUUGUUACAGGCCUGACUGAACCAUCGAACAACUACCACACAAACAGAAACACGCGAACAAACACAAGCACACAUGAAGACACAUCACCUUCACGUGACGCUGGGGAGGACACUGAAGGAGGAGGUGUGGAAGGGAGGGUGGAGGAGGAGCGGAGUGUCUGAACUCCGUCUACAGUCAGGAUUUUCACUACACAUCUCUUUUCUUUUUCUUUCUUUUUUUUUUUUUUGAGUCUGUGCAGAGCUGUGGUAUGCACCCCACACCCCCUCCUUCACCCUCCUGCACUCCCGCCUUUGCAAACCCAAUACUUCCCCUCCUCCUCCUCCUCCUCCUCCUUCACACGCACACUCCUUACUCGGCAGAACACUUCAGUCCCCUUCCCCCUGCUGUCAGCUGGAGCUCAUUUCUCUCCCAACAUCCUCUUUGAGUCGUGUGUGUGUGUUGACUGUGCAUGUCUGUGUGUGUGCAUGCGAGCGCUGCGGAGGUUUUUAAGAGGAGAUGUUGUCUUUGUGGUUACCGACUUCUCUUUGUUCAUGAAGCUCGAGCACAAACAACAGCCGGUUUCCCUCCUUCACACACACGGCAAACAAAUACAGAUUCAGGUCAUACUUUACUUCAACCACCCCCCUUCAGCUUUUAUAAGCAGUAUAUGUAGUUUAUAACACACUAUAAUGCAGUUGUAAGCAGAUAUAUGUACGUAUACUGAAACUCCUUCUACAUGGAGAUUGGUGUAUGAACUGAUAAUUAGUGACAUCCUAGUAAAAACACUUACUGUACCUUAAUAGACAUUUUAAAAAGUCCUUAUAUGUGCUUAUAACUGUAUUACAGUGUGUUGUGAACCCCUCAUUUAAUCUUUACAGUGCUUAUAGAUAAUACAGGUGAAUUACAGUAAAGUGGUACCAGGCUCAUGCACAUGUUUGUCUCCCAGGUCCUUACACCUAACACUGUACAUGAAGACACUGACACGUCGUGUGCUGUAUGUGUGUAUGUAUGUGUGCGUGUGCGACUGUGUUUUGGAUGAGUUUUCUCUGUUGUCUGAACAUUUGAAAACACAUGUUGUGUUAAGUUUCCCUUCUACUUCCUCGCACUGAAAGCUGAGCCUUGACCUCCUCCCAACAGCUCACCCCCCUCCCUAUCUCAAUGAAGCCCCCUCACUCCAUCCCUCCUCCUUCUCCUCCUCCUCCUCCUCCCUUAUUCUCAUAUUGGCGUGCAUGAAAGGGCUCGACUGCUCGCGGCCAGAGCAGUGGAGGAUCACUCCUGAAUUGCCUUCUAAG